UAUUUAAGUAGCAUCCUUUCACCUGCCAAGUCCUGCCCUCCGCCCUGUCUUAUAAGCGCACCCCUGACAGCCUCACUCACCUCUCCUCGCCUCUGCACCUAAUUCUAAUCCUCCUCUCCUUUCUCUCGCACUCGCAAAAGGAUGAAGGCAGCAGUGCUCACCGCCGCGGCCCUCUACUCCAGCGGUGCCGUCGCGGCCACCAGCUACAGUCUCGUCAAGGAGUAUGCGGGCGCAAGCUUCUUUGAUGGAUGGGUCUUCUACGACUUUUAUGACAACACCACUAGUGGCGACAUCAACUACGUGAGCCAGGCGAACGCUACAGCCGAGAAGCUUGCGUACGUCGACAACAAUGGUGCAGCCAUCAUCAAGGUCGACAACACGACCUUCGUGCCCUGGAACCAGAAGCGAGACUCGGUCCGCGUUACUACGGCAGACUACUUCGACCUGGGUUCCGUCCUCAUCAUGGACGCGACGCACAUCCCAUAUGGUUGCGGUAUCUGGCCUAGUUUCUGGACGAAAGGCGAGAGCUGGCCCGCAGGCGGCGAAAUUGACAUCGUUGAGGCUAUCAACUCCAUGACGGACAACCAGUACGCCUUGCACAGCAACGAGGGCUGCAGCGCCUCCAGCAGUGCCAGCUUCUCGGGUUCCAUUGGCGUCACAGACUGCAAUUCGACUGCAGGCUGCCAGUUCAGUGAGACCAAGGCCAACAGCUACGGACCAGGCUUCUCAGCGGCGGGAGGUGGUGUGUACGCCACGCUGUUUGACACCUCCGGCGUCGCGAUCUGGUUCUGGAGCCGCAAUGAUGUCCCGUCGUCCAUCUCGGCCACCGCCACCACCGUAGACAUCUCCGACUGGGGCACUCCAUCCGCCAACUACUCCUCGACCGCCUGCAAUUUCAACGAGUUCUUCGCGCCUCAGCAGAUCGUCCUCGACAUCACCAUGUGCGGCACCUGGGCUGGCGUGCCGUCCAUCUACGGAUCCCAGUGCCCGAUCACGGGAGCGUCCCAGGCGAACGCGACCUCGUGCUACAUGCAGAACGUGUACAACAACGGCAACCAGACCGCGCUCGCCACGGCGUACUUCGAGAUCAACUAUAUCAGGGCGUUCAACGCAAACGGCACGAUCCUUUCGAGCUCCGGCGCGACCACCAGCGUGAACCCGACCAGCGCGGCAGCGAGCGGGACGGCGAGCGUGAGUGGAAGCUCGGCCUCGUCGACGGGCUCCAGCGGGAAGUCGUCGGGUGCUGGUGCAAUGGUCAUGAGCGGCGCGGCGAAGGCUUGGGCGUUGGCUACAGGCGUUGGGGCGCUCUUCGCGUGGACCCUGAUGUGAGGUGCCAGUGGUUUGUAGCCUGCGGGAGGACCUUAUUACCCGGGACCAUGAGGCUGCGGCCUCUCCAUACCAACAGGACUUAUCGUGCGGCUCCUUGUGGUCUUUCGGGGCACUGCAGCUGUCUUUACUCGUCUCUGGACUGGUUUGUCUGCCGAGCAGGCAAUGAAAAACAUCAGAGCGUUGUAGUUUUCCUGAUGAUAUCCAAGUCGAUGACGUUACCCGUCUGUGCAAAGUCUUGCUUCGUCGUUUCGCUCACUUGUCCUCCGCCAGCGAACGCACUGUAAAUUACACUGUAAAGCUUUUGCAAGGCUUCGGUCGGUUUUCAAAUUUCACCCACCACCCA